GCGAUUGAUUUUUUCUUGUGAACAUAGGCGACAGUUUCCGCGGCUCACUGUUUUCAUUAUUUACUACUUCUAGGACUAAAGACCGACAGCGUGAUGUUCCAUGGCCUAAUUGAACUGCACAUAGUUUCCCUCUAAAUUUUUCAGACAACAAGAACUCUUACCUGUUAUAUGAACUAACCAUUUGUAUCGAUUAAAAUUCACGUAAAAAAAUAAAAUUUUAAAAAUGAGUGUGUAUGGUGCAAUGCCAAUUGGGUGAACUAUUCCACCGCCUUAACACAACCAACACCACUUUUCAGUUGGUAGCGAACAGAAAAUUAUAAGAUUAGCUAAAAAGUAAAAAAUAUGGAUCCAAAUCAAGGGAAUUUUGCCUCGUAUGGCACUGGCUUGACUCCACAGCCUAUGCAGUCAAUGCAGUCGCCAAUGCAGUCAAUUCAGAGUCCAAUGAUGUCACCAGCAAUGAGUAGUUUUGGUCUUGGUUCUACUCCAAAUCCAGUGAUGCCACCAUCAAACACAGCUAGUUUGUAUCCACCAACUCCUAAUCCAGGAGGGCCGAUGACACCUAUAUCUCCAGCUACCCCAGCAUCAGAGGGCAUGGGAACUAUGCCUUUAAAACCUCAACUUCAAAACAUUGUCUGUACUGUUAAUCUGGGCUGUAAACUCGAUUUAAAAAAAAUAGCUUUACAUGCAAGAAAUGCAGAAUAUAAUCCCAAACGAUUUGCCGCUGUUAUUAUGAGAAUAAGAGAUCCUAGGACUACAGCUUUAAUUUUUAGCUCUGGAAAAAUGGUGUGUACAGGUGCCAAAAGCGAAGAUCAGGCAAAAUUAGCAGCCAGAAAGUAUGCAAGAAUAGUACAGAAACUUGGAUUUGCUGCAAAAUUUCUUGACUUUAAAAUCCAGAAUAUGGUUGGAAGCUGUGAUGUGAAGUUUCCAAUAAGAUUGGAAGGUUUAGUACUGACACAUGGACAGUUCUCAAGUUAUGAACCAGAAUUGUUUCCAGGGUUAAUUUACAGAAUGGUCAAGCCAAGGAUUGUGUUGUUAAUAUUUGUCUCAGGAAAAGUUGUGCUUACAGGUGCAAAAGACUGGGCAUAUGCCAUGAGAAGAGAAAUGCAGGAAAUUCUUCCAAAUCUCUACCUGGGACCAUAUGCUGCUGCAAUGAAGUCAAAGCUGAACAUACUAUCCCAGACAGGAAUAACUCAUAUCAUAUGCAUUAGACAGGCAGUAGAAGCAAACUUCAUUAGAGCCAACUUUCCAGAUCAUUUCAGAUACCUUGUACUUGAUAUUGCAGACAGUGUAACAGAAAAUAUAAUUCAAUAUAUACCUCAGGUUAGACAAUUCUUAGAAGAGUGUUUUUGCAGUGGUGGAAAGGCAUUGAUACAUGGUAAUGCAGGCAUUUCUAGAAGUGCAGCCUUAGUAAUUGCAUACAUCAUGGAAAAGUAUGGACUUAGUUAUAAAGACACGUUUCUUUAUGUUCAACAGAAAAGAUUCUGCAUAAAUCCAAAUGAUGGCUUUGCUCAACAGUUAACAGAAUAUGAACCUAUUUACAGAGCCAAACUAAGUUUUCUGAGUGGGAGUAGAUCCACUGAUAAUUGUUUUCUGAAGAGGAAACAUAUUGAUGACACUGAUGAGGAUGAAGAAAUGAGAUUGCCAACUUGAAGAAAUUUAAACUUUUCAAUUACCACCAAUCAAGUGGUGGCCCUUUGUCACAUAAAAUAUGCAGCUUGUGUUAGAACCAACAGGACUCUGGAUGCAGAAAUACAUCAGUGAUGAAUUUUGGUUGUUAAAUUACACUGAUAUGUUGAAAAUGGAUUUGUGGCAUUAUUUUGUUAUUGAUUGUAUAUAUUUUUUUGGUAGCUACAAGGUUUAAUUCAGUUACUUAAAUAUCAAGUUUACUGGAAGAAGCAAAGUGAUGCAGUGCUAUCACGUGUCAGACACAUUUGUGAAUAUUUUUUUUUAAUCAGAUAUUUCCAUGCAUGUUGUUAUUUUAAUUAAAUUCAUUAUUAUCAGUAUUUUUAAGUGAUUUCUCGAUAAAUAUGUUGUUUCACAGUGUGAAAUUAUAGAAUUCAUUUCCUACUUUUCUAUUAACAAUACUUGCAGUGUUAAACAUUUCCUUAAUAUUGCAGCUUAUUUUUCUAAUUUAUAGAAAUAAGUAGAUCACCUUUCCUUCUGAGAAUAUUAACUGAUGACUCAAUUACUAGGGUCAUAAAAAUAUAAAAUAUAAAAUGAAAACAAUUAGCUACAAUUACAUAAAACUCUAAAUUAAAUAUAAUAUCUUUAUUGUUUAACAGAAACCAAAAUUUUACUAUUUUAAUUUCAUUAAGAAUUUUAUGAACCAUGAUUAUAUUUUAUUGAUAAUUUUGUGAUUAUCUGCAAAAUUUGUGGGUUGUGGAUAUUUUUUUAACAUAACCACAUAUUGUUGAUCUUUAACUGGAGUCUGGAACUUCAUCAGGGUUCGUUCUAAGUUGUUUCUAUUUUCUUUGCUGAUCUAUCAGUUUUCUCUGUUGAAUUCAUUUUUAAUCCUGUGUAGGUGCAGUAGCUUAGGGUUCAUAAUUGUAUUAACAGUUUCAGGGGAGAUAACUUAAAGUAAAGAUAAAUUCUUUGUUAAAUUAUCUCCCCUAAAGCUGUGUUGAUUUCCCUUAAGAAUGAGUUCUAUUGACCUUUUUAGUGUCAAACGUCUGCAUGCAUGAUUUUUCGGGAGAGAACAUGUUUAAAGUAACUAUUUUUUUUCCAAAAGAUGAUUUCUAAAAAUUAAAAAGUAACGAAACAACUAUUUUUUUUAAGGUUGCCGAAGGAGUUAUUUUUUAAUUUUAAGUCCCAACUUUCCAGUUAAACAGUAGACAGACCGUAAAAUAGAAAAUGAUGAAAAAGGAAAAAAAAAUAUUGAAAAGAAAUGUCAGAAAUACUUGUAUUGAUUUUAGUUACAUAUUGUAUUUUUUUGUUAUCUAAAGAAAUAUUUUCUUUAAAUUGUACAUUUAUAAUUUGUAAAAUAUUUGUUACCAUGUUUUUAUUAAAUGUUACAGAAAAUAGAAAUAAAACUAUAAUAUAAUAAC